CUUCUCUGAUCUCCCCCAGUCCCCAUUGUCUCGCUUACCCUAAAAACGUAUGUUCAUCUCCUACAUAAAGCUCCUCUCCUCUUUGCAACUCUUCUUUACCCCACCCACUCUUCGCUCUUCCUUUUACAUUCACUUGCUCUCUCUCUCUCUCUCUCUCUCUCUCUCUCUAUAUAUAUAUAUAUAUAAAUAUAUAUAUAUACACUCUCUUCUCUUGGGUUUACUGUGAAAAUAAAAAGUAAAAUGCAUAUCAUUGCAAGCCAUAAUCUUUGACAAACCCUUGUUCAGAAGUCUCAUUUUGACGAGAUUAUCUUGGGUUUUCAUAGAUUUUUGAGGUCCUUCCAAUGGCAGAAAGUUUUGACCGUGCCAACUCGAACUUUCUCUGUUCUGAGAAAGGCAAUGCUUGUUUUGAUGACCUUAAUCGCAAUGCCACAGAUGGGUGUGGGAUUUCCUCCUCUUGGAACCACCCAAACACUCGCACACACAAUCAAGACCCGAUUUUUGAUAUAAUUAGAUCCGAAUCUUGGAUGGGUUUUCCACUGCACAGCGAAGAGAGAGUCAGAGAAAUGGUUGAGAGGGAGAGUGAGCAUUUGCCCAGAGAUGAUUACCUCAAGAGAUUGCGCAGUGGGGACUUAGAUUUGAGUGUUAGGAGAGAGGCUCUUGAUUGGAUUUGGAAGGCUCAUUCCCAUUACAGUUUUGGACCAUUAAGUCUUUGUCUAUCUAUAAACUACCUGGAUCGCUUCCUAUCAAUUUAUGAAUUGCCAAGAGGUAAAAGUUGGGUGGUGCAAUUGUUAGCUGUAGCUUGCUUGUCACUGGCAGCCAAAAUGGAGGAGAUUAAAGUGCCUCACUCGGUAGAUUUACAGGUGGCAGAGCCCAAGUUCGUGUUUGAAGCGAAAACUAUACAAAGAAUGGAGCUUCUGGUGCUGAGCACAUUGAGAUGGAGAAUGCAAGCUUUUACCCCUUGCUCCUUCAUUGACUACUUCCUGAGCAAGAUUAACAACGUUCAGCUUCCAUCAACAUUGUCCAUCUCCAGAUCAGUGCAACUCAUAUUAAGCACAAUUAAAGGUAUUGACUUCUUGGAAUUCAGGCCUUCUGAAAUUGCUGCAUCAGUGGCUAUUUCUGUUUCAAGGCAAAUGCAAGCAGAGGUCAUUGAUAAGGCCAUGUCUUGUUUCAUAUACGUUGAAAAGGGAAGGGUGUUGAAGUGUCUUGAACUGAUCAAAGAUAUGUCAUUGAUGGGUGGGUCUACUAAUGUGGCAGGUGCCUUGGCUCCAUCUGUGCCCCAAAGCCCCGUUGGGGUUUUAGAUGCUGCAUGCUUGAGCUAUAAAAGUGAUGAAUUAACAGUUGGGUCAUGUGCAAAUUCUUCACAUAAUAGUCCAGAUGUAAGAGGAGGAAACCAGACAGACCACCAUCUCAAGUGGUCUUCAAGUCAUGAGAUGUGAAUUUUUCUCCUUCACACCCAAGUCCAAUCAGUUUGGUUGAAUGGGAGUUUUUGUGUGGUUUUUGAGGAUGGCCCUCAGUUACAAAGCGAGAGAGAGAGAGAGUUUUAAAUAAAUGAAUUAAGGUGGAAGGCAAUUCAAGAGGGUUUCAUGCUUCUAGCAUGAGAGAGAAAGUCACUAGCUGUCUAUAAUCAGAAAUUCAGCCAUAAAUAUUAAAAAUGGUGGUGGUUGUCAUUGGGGAUUAGUAUGUUGGUGAUUAGAAUACAGCUCUUUUUUCCUUUUAUUUAUUUAUUUAUUUUUAAUUAUUUUUUCGUAGCGCUUCAAGUUCAAAUGAGAGAAAAAGAAGCGAGGAAAUAUAUAGAGGGAAUUAUAUAUUUCUAAAGUUUUGUUGUUUUCCUUCUUCCAAUGAAUUUCAGAAAAUGUCCAAUCAAUCAAUUUUGGAAACAGAAACUGCUGUCCAUAACUGGAAGAACCAUGUUUAUUGAUUUAAUUAUGAGUAUUCGUUUAUACUAAAUUAUUACUACGGACGAAA